CCUACAUCUACCUGUAUGAAAAAAAAGGACAGGCUCAGGGCCAACACGCGAUCGCGGCAUCACCGGUUACCUGCGCUGAGCAUCUUCCGUCACCUCUCCAGCAACCCCCGCCACUCUGCCCGAACUGGCCGCCAUGAUGGAUAUUGAUGAGGAGGACGUCCUGCGCAAUGUCGCCGCUGGAGCCCCGGUCGACUUUUCGUUAUGGCCGGCUCUGCUGCCGCGAAUCGUCUCGCGAAUCGAAAAGAUUGCACACCAUGAAUUCCCUAUCCCGAGACUACGGCCCCCGCCAACCGCCACUCUUCCUCCCUCGAUGCCGCUCCCGACCCGGACCGACUCCGAGGUGGCAGAGACCUUCCUGUCUCCGCUGCCGUCGUCGCCUACCGAACCGUCGAGCGGGGUGUCGUCCCAAGAAAACAAAGAGAACGCGCCCUCGGCGCCGCGGCAGAAUCCGCAGCCACCUACUCCGUCGCCUGGUGUCAACACUCUGCCGCCGGGCGCCCUACCGCCACAGAUCGUCUCCAUGCUGGACGAAAUCACGUCUACUUUGACAUCGCUAUUUUCCAGAUACCCUCCCCACACAUUGCAGCGCCUUUCCGAGCUUGUUCUAGCCCCCAAGCAGCAUUACCGCACGCUGCCCACCUACCUCCACGCCCUUGAUCGAGUCGUCCAUGUCACCUCCGGCUUGAACGUAUAUCCGUUACCGCCCGCCGUGCCUGACAUCAAGAGCGGUUCGCUGCUCUCUAAUGGAGUCAACGACCCCUUGACUACGCCGCCCCCCUGGGCCACCCCUGGAAGCGACGAGGCGCUAGGCGGAGCCCUCCUGACACCCAUACCCUGGCUGCAGCAGAGCCAUCACGGCAUCGGCCGCCAUUCCCACUCGCCGCUGGGAACGCCGCCCGAGCGCAGGAGCACUAGCAUCGGCCCCAACAACGUCGCCGUUGGCGGCAUGGUCAGCGACCUGGAGGGCGAAGUGCGCACCGAGAGCACCGAGACUAUAGAUGGACCAAACGGCGUGGGUAGUAUCGAGACCGUUUCCGUAUCUGUUAAUGGCAUCCCGUCUAUGGGAGCGCGAGGCAUUGGCGUGACGCAGGGAGAGUUGCUGAGACAGGAACAACGGGCCGGCGUCGUGCCCGUUACCCAACUUGUGCCAAACCACCACGUGCACAGCGGGAACCCUCUCAUCCAAGCUCAUCGGCGCGCGGCCGCGUUGCCCGAUUCAGGCUCCGCGGCGGCAGAAGAAGGGCAGAGGUCUCAAUCUCCUAACCUCACUAUGGAACGUCGUGGCAGCAGCGCUGCAGCUUCUACCGGCGAUUCUACUACCACUGCCGGAACCGAAGACGCGGGCCCGAGCCCAAACACCGGCGUGCUGGCUUCUAUGGUGGGCUCCGAGGACGAGAAGCCACACGCGCGCGGACCGGAAGAGAUCGGCCCCGAGGAUAUGGGGCCGCAGAGCGCGAGCACGGGUAGCGGCGGCGCGGGAGGAGGCAACGGCUUCGAGAUGCAAGGGAUUGACCUCGAGGCGGCCGUGGGGCGCAAAGCGGUAAGUUCCGCGAACGGAGCCGAGGCUGCCGCCAACCCUACUCUGGCUCCCAGCAUUACUACUACUACUACUACUACGAAUACGAAACCCGAGGAAGGGGCUGCCGACGAAGCGGGCGACGACGCGGAGAUGGACGUCGAUAAGGACGGCGUCAAGCAGCGACAGUCGACGCCGAAGCGCGAGGCAGAGGACGAGCUGGAAGACGGCGCGAGCGCGAAGAAGAUAAAGGAGGAGGGGCGAGAGGGAGAGGAGCAGGGGGGACCUGUGGACCAGAAACGAGAUCCGGAUCCAGGAGCGAUGGACACGUCCGAGGAUCGACAGCCGGCCGAGCAAGCAGUGGAGGCUGCCGCCGAGGAAGCGAAAGGGGCCGAGGCACAACAGGAAGUGGAAAGGGAGGGAGACGCGGCCUGCGUCUGAGCUCGAAGCUAGAAGUUCUCAGCAAGCCUACCUACGGCGGAAGCGAGUGCGUGCGGGCGCGCGUGCGGGCGGAGAAGGUAGGGGGGCGGUGGGAAGAGGAAGAGGCAGGCGGAGGCAAGAGGAGUUCACAUAUGGCUUAGGGAGGAGAACAACGACGAGACGAGCUAACCGUGGCUUCUU